GGGGUAUCGGAACUUUUUAUAACUUAUCACUCACUUCGUCCAUUAAUCACACAAUUAAUCACUAUUCAGACUUCAUUAUACACCAAGAAUCAUAUUUACCGCAUUAAUAAUACCCUGAUUUUAUAACUCCUCUACUCUUGACGAGAAUACCUGUCUUUCAAAUUAGAUUUCACAUCCAAAAUGCCGGACCUCAACGCGACAUCAUCUACUCGUCCUCAAGAAUGGAGCAAUACCCCUCAUGAAUCGUCAGAUGAAGUCCCCUCGCUCCCACCCUUCUAUUCACCUCGCCCAAUACCAGUCUCGCGCGCAAUCUCUGAACUUGAUUUGAAUCAACUCGACGUAUCUAGUCUCUCACUCACUCAUCCUGAUCGCUCUCAACUAGAUCAUCCUGAUGACACAUUCUCGCAGCGUUCCGAUCACAAUGAAUCGUUACCCGAUCUCGUCUCCCCAGCCUUCACACCCCCUUCCACACCCGGCACAUCCACACCUUCAUCUCUUGCACAUCGUCCUGCGAGAUCAGUGCCUGUAGACUCGAGUACACCAGCUGGAGGAUGUGGUUCGAAGAGGCCAAAACUAUUAGAGAAACUACCAGAAGUUAAUUGUGUAGUUCGCGCACGAAUUCCUACAACUACUGGAACAGAAAUGUUUCUACAUCUAUAUCAAAACGACGAGGAUAAUAAAGAGCAUUUAGCCAUAGUGUUCGGAAACAAAAUACGAAGUCAAAGUUUGGAUGCUGUGCGAGAAGGAGAAACGGAAAUGGAUAGGCUGAUACGUGGAGCAUACACGGGAAGAUUAUUUCCAGGUCGCACUACAAGUAGCAUGCCUCCUUCGGCGACGGAUCGAGAAAAGCAAGAACAGAAGGCCGAGGCACCACUGGUUAGAAUUCAUUCGGAAUGUUAUACGGGAGAGACUGUGUGGUCUGCAAGAUGCGAUUGCGGUGAGCAAUUGGAUGAAGCUGCAAGAUUAAUGUCUUUACCAGAUGCGUCAGGGCGAGCCGCGGGUGGGAUUAUAAUCUAUUUGCGACAAGAGGGAAGAGGUAUUGGCUUGGGAGAGAAACUGAAGGCGUACAAUUUACAGGACUUGGGAUCUGAUACUGUGGAAGCAAAUUUACUUUUGAGACAUCCGGCAGAUGCUAGAAGUUAUGGAUUGGCAACUGCUAUGUUGAAAGAUUUAGGAGUUGAGGAAAUCAAACUUUUGACGAACAAUCCGGAUAAGAUACGAGCAGUGGAAGGGCCAAAUAGAGAAGUGGUGGUAAAGGAGAGAGUCGCCAUGGUUCCUUUGGCUUGGAGUGGAAAGACCGGUGGAAUUCGCAGUCAAGAGGUAGGUGGGUAUCUAAAAACUAAGAUUGAGAAGAUGGGACACAUGCUUCAAAUGAACGAAGCAUCAUGAUAAAUGAAUCUUGAAACAUCAAUACCAUCUUCCAAGGAAAUUUGGAAACCAUAGAUCUUGAGCAGCACGAGAUUCUGAUUUGCAAUGGGCUUUGGGCUACGCAUUGAGCCGAUAUCACGGCGGUGGAAAUUGGCGUUUAUUAGUAAUCAUCUUGGGAUACAUCAUACAUGGAACGCAUCAUGCACUGAAAAGUUUGAAUCAUUUUAUUUUUGUCACAACUUAUGUAUUUACCUCUUCCAACGACUGGAUAUGAAGACAUUGGAUCAAAUAUAGAAAGGAUUUUAACUUCA